ACAGAUCGCCAGCUAUGUUAUUGUGAUGAACGCUUAAAUAUCUAGGCAGCGUAUUAACUUUUUAAAUUCUGUAAUAAGACAAGAUUAUAAUCACAAUAAAAAUUUUCUAUGAAUUUGAUGAAAAUUGACUCUGAUCUCCACUUUCUCUAUGACUUCGAGUCCGUUCAACUCUCAAGAGUUUCCCCGCUCGUUUUAUAUGCCAACACCAGACCUAAAUCUUCCAAAAUGUCUACGUGAUUCUGCCAUAGGUUCACAAAGAAAAUUUCCAUCAGAUGCUAUGCAAGAACCUCUUGAGUCAUCCAGUAGAUUCUUAUCAGACUGGCCCAUAAUAGAUCAAGAAAAGGUAAUGAAUAGCUCCAUUUAAAGUAUUCGUCAAAAUAAUACAACUAAUUGAAUCCACUUAGUAUGAUAAAAAAUUAACUGAGAGCUGGUCCUCACCAACUGUAGAUGCAAAAAAGCCUCAGAGAGCAAAGGAAAAUUACACUAAAAGAUCUACAAGAAUCCCUAAAAGAGUUGACAACUAUUUCAAAAGGCGAGAAGAUGUUAAACGUUAUAAUUCAAAAUCUUACGAUGGUAAAGAUUCUACAACCUCAAUAGAAAAUGAUAUCGAUUCUUAUAAAGAAAAUAACAGUGCAGAUUCCUCUACAGUUGCCAAGUAACUAUUAUUUUCGGACAAACGUAUGAUUAUUUCUCUUUCUUUCUCUUAUAGAUAUUUAGAAAGAUUUCGUACAGAAGAGCCAAAGAGUAGGGAGGAACGUAGUAAGCCAAACGAAAAAGAUUUCUGGUGGUUAAAAGAUAAUCAAAAAUCUUUCAAAACACUUGAUGAUUUAAGAGAAGAAAGAAAGAACUUAGAGGAAGAAUUACUUAGACAAAGUAUUGAGUCGAAUAAUCCUUGGAGAGACAGAACCUUUUUAGAAUUGCAAGCCAAAGCUGAUAAAUUAAUAGAAAAAAGCUCCAGUUUAGCAUCUGAUAACGAAUGCAUUGCUCUCGUAUCAACGGAUGGCUUAAAAUCUCACGACUCAUCAGAUUUAUCAUCGCAUUUAACAAGCGUUUCACAGAAGCUACCAAACCGCCCACAAUAUUCUCAAUCGAAAAUUCAAUUAGAUAAAUCAGAUCUCAUCGCCAAAAGCAACGAUAUUCUUGCGGAAUGGAGAGCAAAACGAAAAUAUCAACCGCAGCAACCAAAACCCAGGGAAAACAUAGACGAAACUGAUAUUAAAAGCUUGGAAGACAAGGUUGCAGAUAUGAGAAAAGAAUUAAAAUCGUUUACAUUCCGAGUGUCUGGCAAACAAAUAUCCCCUUCUUUACAAAGAUUCAAUAGAAACACUUCCCUGCUUUUACAACCACCAUCCUCUUCUAGCUUUUGCCAUUGUAGUGCGUCUCAUGUCGCGGAGAGUAAAGACAAUACACCGGAAGUUGGUUUGACGAUACCAGCUGACAAAAUAACAACACCAAUUCUACAAACAUUAUCCACAAGUUGUCAAACUAAUUUUAACAAGUUUGAAGUAGAAAAGGAGGAAAAAGGAGAAAUUGCUGACAAACAGGAAAUUGUACUAUGCUCUACUGGUUGUCAAACAAAUGGUGAAAAAAAAAUGGUUGAUACAGAAACAGACGUUCAAUUAAGCUUAGAAAUUGAGGAGAAUGAAACUCUAACAAACACUCCAGACGGUCAGAUUAAAGAAAGGGUCGAAGAUACAAUCAGUCACGUUAUAGAAAAAUCUAUUUACGGCUUAGAACAGGAAGUACCGGAAAGAGAUUUUGUUGAGGCUGUUGAAAACGAAGAAGACAAUUUGAAAGAAGAGCAGAAUGGUUUAGAAUUUGAAAAAGUUCUCGAUUCUAUUCUAGAAUCAGAUGAGGAAGAAUUUGCAGACGAUGUAAUAUUAGCAAAAUUAAGGGAACAACGACAGCAUUGCCUAAAUAGAUGGAAAAAUUAUUGCACACUAUUGAAUAGUGAAUCAUAGUAAUAGUAUUAAUAAAACAUUGCUUUUAAAUUAAAAAAUACAUUUUACGUUAACGUUAUAAAGUUUUACUGUCAUAAAGAUGUAAGAGACGUUCCUCAGCUACUCAUUUAUAUAUUUAUCAUUCUCGUCAACUAAAUCAUUUAUAACUCGAUUACGUUCGUCCAAAAUCUGUUUUUUAUACUGAAAAUAAAAUAGUAAACUAAAUAUUUUACAUAAACAGAAA